GUUUGAGUUUCGAAUAUGUAGAAGAAGAAGGUGUGCUGCAAUAUUUGAUACGCAAAUCCUCAUAUCUGGCAAACAUACAUUUUGUUUAAAUUUUGGGAUGAAAUUUCUAGGAGCAGAAUAGCUGCUCCGUGGACCGUAUUUUGUGCAAUAUAUAUCUGGGAAGUUGUAACUAGGAUCGUACUGUACAAUAUAUAUCUGGGAAGUUGUAACUAGGAACGUACUGUAGAAGAAGUGCAAAGGGACAUCUACCUGCGCUGAGGACUGAGUUACCAGGAGGGGGAUAAGAUGGAUUUGAGCACGCGGCCGUUGCAGCCGCUACCAGAGACGGACAGCGAAGUCAAGCCGCCCACGGAUGUGCUGACGACGCGAGUCGCCAAGAGCGUGUUCUCCAUACGGUCGCUGGUCGGAGACGAGCUCACCUGCACCGAUCCCGAGCCUGCGCCGUCCCCGCCUUCGUCCUCGGAGGGCAGUCGCGAGUCGUCGACGCCCGCGGCCGGCGCCACCCCCGCCAGCCACUGCGACGGGGACUCGGACCACGGAGGCGGCGGCGGCGGCGGCGGCGGCGGCGGCGGCGCGGCGCCCGCCCCCGCGCUGGCGCCCGCCCCCGCAGGCGGAGGCGGAGGCGCGCCCUCGGACCACGACGACCUGGACGAGGUGGAUGCCGAGGCGGAGGCGCCGCGGCGCAAGCAGCGCCGCUACCGCACCACCUUCACCUCGUUCCAGCUGGAGGAGCUGGAGAAGGCCUUCGCCAGGACGCACUACCCGGACGUCUUCACCAGGGAGGAGCUUGCGAUGAAGAUAGGCCUGACAGAAGCACGUAUACAGGUGUGGUUCCAGAACCGGCGCGCCAAGUGGCGCAAGCAGGAGAAGGUGGGCCCGCAGGCGCACCCCUACUCGCCGCUGCAGGCCUACGGCGCGCCGCCCGCCGCCGCCGCCGUCGCGCCGUCGCUGCCGCACCCCUUCUCGUUCCACAGCCUGCUGCUGGCCGCCGCCUCCGCCAAGGACGCGCCGCCCCUCGGUCUGGACGUGCGCAGCUCCAGCAUCGCGGCGCUGCGCCUCAAGGCCCGCGAGCACGAGCUGCGCCUCGAGAUGCUGCGCAACGACGGCGACGUCGCCAGCUGAGCCCGCGCCACCUGCCCGGCGCCGCCGCUCGCCUGGCUGCGCGCCCGUCUGGACUCCUAGAGUAGCGAUCCGUACUGGCCACAACAUACAGACGGACGUCAUCCGGAGCUCCGUCCGUCACGGCGGAUCCACAUCACAUCUUCACACCCCUUUGUUACCGCAUCCUUAGACCAGGCAGUUCUAGUUCGAGAGCCGAGAGGCAGCCGGGCAGCCGCAGCCAGCGGUGGACAGGGGCAGACAAAUAUCUGACACUUGGCCAGUCAGGCAACCUGCCUGUAGUCUACAUGAUCGAGCUUCCCUGACCGAGCGUCUGCAGGAGGGUGUAGCUCACUGGCUCGGGCAUGCGUGCAAUAGAGCUACCUGCCAGGCACCUUAUACUACCUACCCGACGACAGCGUUGGAACAGUGUGGCUUAAACUAACAUAGUCCGUCCAUGAUUUACAUUAAGUGAUAGCCUAUUGAAAUAACUGUCAUUAGUCCCUUUGGGGGAUAGAUUCCGAGAAAACUGGCAGACAUUACUAGAAUUCUUGAAGAAUUUGCUCGUUCAAGAAACAAUACCACCUAACCGACUAUGUUUAUUUGUUAUGUAAAUCCAGAAGUUCACACUGCCACAGUAUAGUGUUAAAGGCUGUUGUGUGCCUCUCAGCGCUGGAAAUUGGUUCUUGAGUCGAGAAAUUAGUUGACAGAAACUAUCCGCGUGUCAAAAGCUCGUUUUUUCACCAAGAGAAACAUCGUCACUCACUUCAAAGUUGGGUAUAAAAGUAGAGAUUGGUUUUUGAGAGUGCUGCACGCCACGGCACCAGUCAUCAGUCUUGUGCAGUUGUAGGUGUUCCCGAAUUUCAUCACAAUCUUCUGGCGUUACAAAUUUUCAUCACAAUCUUCUGGCGUUGGAAAGUCACCGUAAACCACACCAUGGAGCUUCCGACUCUCCAGUUACGAGACAUAUCAUUUUUUGUAGUUACGCGGGAUGCACACAUUUAUUACCUUGUAUCACUUACGCGGAAUUCCUCCAACUUAAUUCCUAUUACAAACAAUUGAAAAUUGGUCAUUCCAAAAGCAGCAACAGGUGCUUUAAGUCAAGUGGAUAAACUGUUAGAAAUCCAGAAAAUUGAUAAAGUCAGUUAGACGGUAUUGUUUCUUCGACGACUAUGUACGAUUUUGAGCGUAAUAUUGUAAAUAGUGACAAACCGUUCAUAUGCACACAAAAUAGAGAAUCAUUUUACAUUUUUUAAGUGAAGAAACUGGACAGUAGCUAACUUCUCUGGCCCAUUUGCAAUGAAUCUACUGGACAAAACAGAGUGAGAAAAUUUGUCAUAAUAUUCUGGUUCAGUUUUGAAGGAGAAUUGUACUGGUGGGUCAGCAGCUGUUUCUUCCACGUACUAUCCCAACCUGUUGAUUGCUUGGGAAUCGGGCUGGAAACUGGAAACUAGUCGCGAAGAAUGAAAGUUAAAUAAAUAAAAUAAUAGCAAAGUCGACAAAUCAGAAAUGGUAUACAGGUCAUGCUAUUAUUAUUGUAUGCCUCAUAAGGGAAAAAAGAUGCAGUGCCCACACACCAGCUCCUGUAAAUGACGUUGCCAGUGCACACUAGAGCGGAGGUGCUCCAUCCACAUGUAGCUGGUAUAGCUGGUCAGAGUUUUGUGCAGUGCAUCGUGGAGUGAUAGUAUCUGACAUUGUUGGUGACAAGCUGUUUGUCUGGUGCGGACAUUAAACUCGACAGCGCCCUAAACUUGAAUAAAGAUGCAGGCAUCCGUUUUCACCGUCUCCCACCCUUUCAUUAUUUACCAGUCCACCGUAAUACAAACAACAUUACUCAUCUGAAACGUCCACAGAACACAGACACCUGAUACUUCAUAACAGGUUAGAGAGGUUUGUCAAAUCAGCUUCCUUAGGAUCUAUCCCUUGACAAUAAAGCGGAAUUCUUACACAGUUACCGACUUCUUUUAUUUUUUUAGAAGACGCAAAAUCUAAUUCUGAUGAGGCACCAGAUAAUAUGAUACACGACACGAAAAAUAAAAAAAUAAAAAUAUUUAGUCCCUCUUAAGGUAGGCAACCUAACUUACAUCAUCUGGCCCAGAUGCUGAUGAUGUAUGCUGGGUUGUCUAUCUGAAGGGAAAUGAAAUAUUUUAUGGGUCAGUUUUAUUUUAGCCACACUGUGGAACCUCAAAUCUAUAGACGUAAAGAUCAGCUGAGGAUUCAUAUAGCACUCACACAAACUAGCAGAACUAUAUUAUGUCGUGUAUCAUUGUUGUUAUUUCUAUCAUCAACCGUAAGUUAGGUUUGAUGCAGUUCUCUAGUCCUGCGCCUACCAACAGCCCUUCACACAUCAGCACAGCUGCUGCAUUACACAUUUGCAACGACCUGUCGUACCUACUCAUAACCCGGCCUGUCACUGCCAUACUGUCUUUCCAUCAUCCCUUCAACUACAGCUUGCCGUUCCAUCUCUUCGAUUCUUCACUGUCUUCAUCUGGUAUUUCGCCUCGCUGAUUCGUUGCAGGGUCUCUCCAUUCCUUACUCGAUCAGUCCAGCUCACCAUCAAUAGGUGAAUCGUUCUUUCGGUCUGCGGUCUCGGAGCUUCCGCAUUGUUAGGCGCAGUUCCUCUCGCGGCCACAGCCAGGAUCCACAAACUUUUAGCGCCGUGCAGUGCGAGAGACAAACCACGCGGCGUACUGCUCCGUAGACUUCCACCGAAACGUUUGCUGACGGACCCGGAUUAUUUCCAUUCUUCGCCGUACGUAUAGUAUGCAGACUUUAAAAGGGUCGGCUGCCUCUCUUUGACCCACGAGACAUGCUUAAAUUACUCAGUUCUUCUACAUCACUAAUCAGUGCUCUGUAGCAGUCCAACUACUUUCAGAAGACUCUCAGAUCCUGCCAUUGAAUUUGAAAACCAACACCGCCGACGGAAACUACACCUUCUCCAAUGGGCUUCUAAUAUCUACUCAGAAAAAAUGAGGAUAACAAACUGAAGUCAAAAGAGAGCAGGCUACACUCAAAUACCCCACAAGUUGUUGGAAAAAAACCGACAUUUUGUUUGUGGAAACGGUGAUUCACUUACUGUAGGAUAUUUUUUUUUAUUUUUGACCCAAUCACUUUCUUAUGACACAGCCAUAAUCAGUUUCGGCCUUAAAAUGCCACCUUGAGAUGCUGCAAUAGAGAACAGAAAAAGCUUAAUUUAAGACCUGACACAAGUGCAGUUAAUUUCACUAGGUCUAUUUGUGAGCUUAGUAAUGUGCUAUUAACAUGCAUAUGGCCCAUACCUAUGGGCGGUAAUUGAUGAUCAAGUGUUCAUGCGUUGUCAACUAAAUAAAAUCAGAAAUCAAAGAAUUACCUACGUACAACCAAGUGUACUUUUCCUCCCCUACUCUUUGCACUAGAUGCGCACUUCCUCUUUAAGGCAAUCUUCAAUCGUAAAAGCUAACUGAUUCAAACGUUAUUUAAUAAUCAUAAUAAUUUAUAGAGAGCUACUAAAAACGCCCCUCGAAAUUAUUUUAAUCUGCAUUACUUUUAGGUCAAUCAGUCUGCAGGGCAGAAUGUGGGCACUUCAAUUGAAAUUUCCUGCUAAAACUCAUAGUACCUCCUGUAAGGUCCUCCUUCCUGCCUCUCAGAAGUUUCAUUUGCAGAAGUUGUUAGGAAUAUCCUGUGAAAGUCAUUCACCAUUGGAAACAGGAGGUUCGAUCCAGGCCACCAACCAUUUAGCCGGAUUAAAUGAAAACUUCCCCAUGCAUUUUAGGUUGUUUCAGUUCUGCCUUGCCCCAUUGUCCAAAUUUCGGAUUCGUAUAGAGCUAUGUCCUAAACACCGAUUUUCAGGAAUCUUUUCCUGCUCUCAAGGUUUGUACUUACCGAAGGUAACAGAUGUUUCUUUUUGUUUAGGCCCCUUUUGCUUUGUACCAUAGUUGCUACUAUAUUUUCCUUCAAUUUUCCUUCAUUAUCUACUUACGAGAUGUAAUUCGUCUGCCUCUUCAAGAGUCUCUUGUUCAAGCUUGCCAUAUAGACGUCCAUCAUGUCUAAAUGCGGCCCACACAAUUGCUUUUCUUUGCGUGGGUGAAAUGUGACUCUGGUAAAGCAGAAACAAUGGCCGAGCACAUAGUGUUCGAGUACCCUAUGUUACACAAGUUGCCUCUGUUGAGGACAGACGCUUUCAACUCGUUAAGUCAAUGAGCUGCUGAAUGAUUCUUUUGUCAUCAGUCCUCUAACAGGUUUGACGGGUCCCGCCACGAACUCCUCUCCACUCUUCGUUUCAGAGGAGCACUAUACUGUUUUCUCUCUAUAGCUACGACCAUACUAGUGAUUUCAUGAUGUCUUUAAACAAGUACUGCCAUCCUCUACUUUGUUGUCCAAUUUUACGAUGUGACCUUCUUUUCUCCGAUUCUGUACACAACCUUCUCAUUUCCUACCUUAUCGGUCCACUUAAGUUUUAGCAUCCUUCUACAGCACAGCAUCUCAGACGCUUCAGUUCUCCUUUUUUCGGUUUUUCCACAGUCUGUGAUUAAUUGUCUGUGUUAGAUUGCUUUUUAUGUCCUCCUGGCUUCGUCCGUCACACAUAACUUUACUCUGAAGAUACGAGAACUCUCUUAUUUCGUCUAUUUCAUGUUCGUCAAUAUCAAUGUUAAGUUGCUUGCUAUGCUCAUUUAUGCUACUCUUCAUUUCUUUCGUUUUCCUUCUAUUUACUCUCAAUCCACAGUGUGUUCUCAUUAGACUGUUUAUUUCAUUCAUCACGCCCUGCAAAUCUUUGCACAUUCACUGAAGUUGAUAGAGACACAAGCGCAACUUAUCACAAUAUUCCAAUGUUUGCGUGUGUGUAAUAGCCGUCAACUAGCACACUUACCACCUCAUUAAACAUGUGUCUCAAUUUCUGUUCACUUUCAGCGACCAUUGCGGCGCUAUCAGUGAAACGUAUCACUGUGAUUCCCUUUCAAUGUCAUACAACUCCGUCAUUGCUUCUUCUGAAUUCAAAUUAAUUAUAAAUGGUGACAAAGAUCGUCACUGUCUGACACCUUCCUUGAUUUCUGGCCUCUCGUGUCAUCCCGGCAAGGCUGACUACUCCAGACUGUAGAGUUCCCUUCUGAACCGGAAGUUUUUACCACACGCCAUAAAAAUAGAAAACGUAUUACUCCAGUCCACGUAAUUAAAAGCCUUCUACAUUUUGUGGGUAUUUCAUUGUUUUUCCCAGUUGUGUUACUUCGCUCUCUUGUAAAGACUGUUCGUAAAUAACAUUUUAUUUUCAUGCCGGAGAGAUUAUUUCAUGGCUUUUGCACUUCGAAAUUUUAGAAAGAGCGUCUCCUUCAUUAUCUACUAGUAGUUGGAGUGUAUUUUUAUCCAUUCCAAACCGAGGCUGUUUUUAAAAAUAUAUGCUGUCCAGCGUAGUGGAACGUUAACUAUAAAUCAAAUCGCACAAUAAAAUAAUUACUUAUAAGAACGUAAACAGUGAGCUUGAAUGUCGAAUUAGGUAUAGAACACAUUUAGUCAGUAUGCUGAUUUGAUUAUUAUGUAUUCGUAUCUCAAAUAGUGCCCAGUUCCCUGUGCAACACGUAGAAUGGGACUACGUUAGAGAUUAUGUUCCGACGUCACUGUUCGUGUUCCUCAGAAUGAUGAUGAUAUUCGAUACCACGGAAAAUACUUUUUUUGUAUGAAAACGUUCACUGUUUCUUUUCUCGACCAGCGCUGCAAAGAGCGGUCAGUUGCGGAUAGAAACACAAGCGCGUCUCAUUUAUCUAUAAAGUGGAUUAUUUUUCUGUGCUUCUAGGGUACAUAACCAAGCUGAAGUUUAAAGUUUUACUGCUAAAAGUGACAAUACAAUUAUGAUGUUACUGAAGAAUGUUGUGUGAAGCGACGGGCGAUUUCCCGUUUGUACAGAUGCUACUUUGAUUGUUUGAGUGUGGCGGCAGCUAAGUCUGUAUAUGAAAUGAAUUGUGUUAUCAUUCAGCUAGCCAAAUAAUUCGAUACUUGUGGUGCCAUUCUAAGUACAAUGUACAGAAGCACAAUUAAAAUAAUUUGUGUGCCUAACGACACGAACCUUCGCCUAUGAUACUAUGCGGUAACAGAGCUCAUGUUACUGAUACGUAAAUGAUGUUCGUUAUUUACAAGUAAAUAAAAUCAGGAAAUACAAUGAUGUCGACUACUGCCAUUAAGAUACUGCAGAAAUAAAGCUUUGUGCAUUUAGAGAUAGCUGAUAGAAAAAAUAUAUGUACUGGUACACUUCAUUGAGAAUUUCUUGCAACUGACAGGUAAAACUCCUAUGGUCAGGAAGGGGUAUGAUUCCAUCAAUGACGUACUCCUCGUCCUGCUCUUUCCUCAUUCAAGCACACUACGCUGUGACGAUGACUGUAGCGUCUCUCUGCAUUUCCAUAAAGUUGUAUUAUUCAGUAACAAAGAUUUUAACAUAAGUACAGCUCCAGUCGCUAUUCUUUAGUAAGUUUCACCAGUUUCGUAUCAUUUAUUUGUCAGAUUCGGAUGUUACCCUCAGAAAAAUUACGUGUACUGUAGAAAACAACAAUUAACAGACGUUAAGAAACAAAUAAGCUCAUUAACGUUUUCAUUUAUACCUGAAGUUACGCAAAGUAUCCUUG